AUGAAACCAAGAGCGCCAUGGAGGAAAUUGCUCUAUGUGAAACAGGAGUAUCCAGAUAACUAUGUGGACGAUACUUUUCUAGAAGAGUUGCAAAAGAACGCGAAUGUACGGCAUUAUGAGUAUUGGUCUGUCGUCCUCGAAUCAACCAUCAUCAGCCAACAUAUAUCAUCGAUCGUCAUAUUUGUCGCCAUCUUUAUCUAUCUAUACAAAAAUCUCCUCAGCUCAUAUGCAUUAAUCACCAUGGGGACUGUGGGAACAGCUGUUGGGUAUGGGUUCUGGGAUUGGAGCAACACUAUGCUGACGCCGGACUCCAACUACCAGCGACGAAAGAUCUUCAAGGGCGCAGUGCUAUUCUUCUUGACACUCCUUGGACUCACUCCGAUUCUGAAGACGCUGACAGAAAAGACGUCCAAGGACACGAUCUGGGCCUUGACAGUGAUCUUAUUCUUGGUCAAUCUAGCCUUUCAUGACUAUGGUAGUGGCAACAGACGCAAUAUUAAAUACCCAGGCUCGCUGUCAACGAAUGCAGCCAUUUUUGCGUCCGUAGUACUGGCAUCGCGAUUCAAGACAAACCUUCAUGUUUUUGGACUUAUGUCAUUCGCAGUUGAGUGGUUUGCACUCUUUCCGAUGCUCCGGCGGCAAGUCAGGAGCAUCUCGCAAAGAGGGAAUUUGGCGCUGACUAUAGUCCUGUUCUUGACGGCAACGACACUUUUCAGCCAAAUCUCACCUGCGAUUGUCGUCAUUUAUAUCCUGGGUAUGGCGUUCUUGACAUUCAUCUGUCCAUUCUGGCUAAUCUGGAUCCAGCGGUAUAAAAACGAGAUCCAUGGACCAUGGGAUGAAGCCCGGCCCAAAAUCCAGCAUGGGCGCUCUGUUGACUACAAUUAG